AUGACGUCUGCUUGGUUCUACGCAGGAACGGUGCUGGCCGCUUACAUCGAGAACGGCGCGAACCCGGCUCAUCUGAUAACUGCAUCGCUGAUGGCAGCACCUGCUUCGCUAUGCUACGCGAAACUAUUUUACCCGGAGACCGAGGAGAUCAUCGUUACCCGCGAAAACGUGAAGCUCGAGAAAUCCCAAGACGCCAGCCUCGUAGACGCUGCCACCAAGGGUGCAAUGGCAGGCAUCCCCUUGGUUCUGGGCAUCAUUUCCAAUAUCGUCGCGUUCGUUGCAUUCAUCGCACUUGUGAACUCGUUGCUAAAUUGGCUGGGCACCUUGGUCGGCUACGAUCCUGCUCAACUCGGCGAACCUCUCAGUCUCGAACUGAUAUUAUCGAAGGUGUUCAAGCCGGUAAGCUGGAUAAUGGGGGUUCCAUGGGAACAGUGCGAGCACGUCGCGACCUUGAUAGGCCUGAAGGUAGUGGUCAACGAGUUCGUAGCCUACCGUAAAUUAGGGGUGCUUAAGAACCAGGGCAAGCUCUUUGGUAGGGCAGAAGCCAUCGCGACAUACGCCAUUUGCGGAUUCGGUAAUCCGGGAUCGGUAGGUAUCACGCUAGGUGCUAUGACCAGUUUAGCACCGGAAAAGAAAAAAGAGAUCAGCGGCACUAUUAUAAGGGCGUUUGUGGCUGGCACUAUCGUGUGUUUAAUGACUGGCAGCAUCGCUGGGUUACUGGUCACCGAGGGUGCCUUCGACAGCCCUGCCAAUUCUACUGCGACACCUUUGAUCGCUGCCAAUUCUACCAACGCGUUUGUCUAA